AUGGAUUCUCUUGCAAGCGAAGAUACCACUAAUGCGCCCGGAGCUGUGUCUGAUGAAAUGAUUCACGCCGAGAACGACCAGAUUGAGGAGCAACAGAAGCAAGAAGCUCAAGAAGACACCUCGAUGAUGGAAGACGCAGAUACCAAGCCACCCUCGGACAACCCGCUGGAUGCGCCUGACGCUCCUCCUGCCGAGAAUGACGGCCAACCCGCCGACGACGAGGAUAUGGCCGAUGCGGAUGCUAAGGAUGCCCCAGAAGCUGCCGAGGAUACCAUGGAUGCAACACAAACACAAGAUACACAGCAUCAGACAAAGUCGCAAGUCGAGGCCUCGGCCCGCUCACACCUGAUUGAGCAAACCCACGCGAUCAUUCUGCCCUCAUACAGUGCCUGGUUCGACAUGCACCAAAUACACAAUCUCGAGCGCAAAGCCCUCCCCGAGUUCUUCAACUCGCGCAACCGUUCAAAGACUCCCGCCGUCUACAAGGACUACCGUGACUUCAUGAUCAACACAUACCGCCUCAACCCCCAAGAGUACUUGACCGUUACAGCCUGUCGUCGCAACUUGGCUGGUGAUGUUUGCGCAAUCAUGCGCGUUCACGCCUUCCUCGAGCAGUGGGGCUUGAUCAACUACCAAAUCGAUCCCGAUACUCGUCCCUCGAACAUCGCACCGCCAUUCACUGGCCACUUCCGCAUCACCGCCGACACUCCCCGGGGCCUGCAGCCCCACCAACCUGCUCCCAACUCGACCGUCACUGCUGGACGUCCAAACCCUGGUACAGACCGUCUAGCAAGUGCUACNCCUGUCAUCAAGUCCGAUUUGAACCUGGAAGUGAGAAGAAACAUCUACGAAUCCACUGGAAAGGACCUCACCUCCAAGCAGGAGAACGGCACUGAUCUUGAAGAAUCCCUCAAACAGCCCAGCAAGCAGUACUUCUGUUACUCAUGCGGCAAAGAUUGCACCCGUGUGCGCUACCACAACGCCAAAGCCCCUCCGGCAUCAGUCGCUGGCAAGAACGGUGCCAUGCUCAAGUUCGACCUGUGCCCCUCGUGUUUCAUGGAAGGAAGAUAUCCCAACUCAACUGGUCCUGCCGAUUACACCAAGCUGGAGAACGAAAAAUACACAACUAUCGCAGAUCGCGAGGCUCCUUGGGCCGACUCGGAAUUGCUGCUGAUGCUCGAAGGCUUGGAGCUGUUUGAUGAGAACUGGGAACAGAUCGCCAACCACGUCGGAAGCCGCACAAGGGAGGAGUGUGUUCUCAAGUUCUUGCAGCUUGAGAUUGAGGACAAAUACCUCGAGGGCGAGGACACGGUCGACGGCGCUUCAAACAACCUGGGUUUCUUGAGCAACGGCCGUGUUCCCUUCUCACAAGCAGACAACCCCGUCAUGUCUGUCAUGAGUUUCCUUGCUGGUCUGGCUGACCCCGCAGUCGCCGCCGUUGCAGCAGGCAAGACGGUAGAACAGAUGAGGAAGCAGCUUCGCAGCAACCUGGAAAAGGACUCGGCACCAGUGGAAUCCGAAAAGGAGGAAGCUUCGACCGAGCAAGCAGAGCCUUCAAAAGACGACAACUCGAUGGAGGUUGACAAGCCCACAGCCGAAAAGCAAUCCACAAGCCCUAAGCCCCUCAAGGAGGANAGCCAAGGACGCUGCAUCUUCACCUGCCACAUUGGCUCUCAGUCUGACAGCCGCUCGUUCCUCGGCUCUGGCCUCACACACCGAACGUCACGUCAGCUCGCUAGUUUCUUCGGCAGUCAANNCCUACACAUGCAGAAGCUGGAGCUCAAGCUACAACAGUUUGACGAAAUGGAAACCCUACUCCAGACCGAGCGCAGAGACUUGGAACGCCAACGUCAACGUCUCUUCUUUGACCGCUUGCAAUUCAAACGCAGAGUUGCAGACGUCGAGACCAAAUUCGCAAGCAUGGGUGUUUCCGUAGACCGUGAUGUCAGAGCAGCUGCUCAGGGUGAAGCAGAAGACAAGGGCGACAAGCUCGGGGUUGCGGGUACACAGGAAGGUGCAGCUGUUGCUCAGCAGAGCGACGAUAUCAAGCCCGCCAGUGCGGACGAGGCUGGUUACAAGAUUGCCGAGAUGUAG